AUGAUCAGAGAUGGUCUUAUCGGUCGUGGAGGAGGAUUUAGGGACUUGUACGAUGAAAAUAUUGAACCAAGGAUGUCAGACGAGUAUUUUUAUGGGAUGAGAUGGUUCCACAUGUUACAGAAGACAAGUAUGAAAUUGUACGACAAAGAUGGGUAUUAUAUCAAAACAUAUCCUAUGGUUAACGUUACUGCUCGAACAGGAUUUUUUGCUGUCGACAACAAUAUGCAACACAUUAUACAAGGCAGUUUCAGACAAUUAGGUGGCUCCAUUGAUUGGACCGUUGAUUACGAUCGUCUUCAUCGUCUAAUGGAGGUUUACGAGGACCCUAAGGAUAUUGAGUUGAUGGCAGCCUUGUGGCUUGAGAAGCCCGUCGAAGGUGGUCGAAUUCCAGAAACCCUGUACUGCUUGCUGACGGAGCAGUAUAGACGAAGUAUUAAGUCUGAUAGACAUUGUAAUCCUUUGACAAAAUGCAGUUCAUCAAGAAUAGGAAAAUUAGACCUGACUCCGUGGAAAGAAUCUGACUAG